UAAUAUUGAAUAACAUAACCUAACAAUUUGAAACAUAAGGAAUAUACGAAUUUAUUACAUUGUUAUUUAUUAAAAUUGGAAAUUAAUUUAACUUUUUACUAUACGAAAUUACAUGUAUUAUACAUAUUAUAUAUAAAAUUGUAUAUAUGUCCCUCAAUAAAAUAGAGUGCAUAAAUAAAAAAGGAGAAUGAUUUUACAAUUUUUUAUGUAAUUCUGCAAUUUAUACUUUAAAUAAAUAUCAAAUAAUAUUCUUCUAAUAUUAAUAAUAUAAUGAUAAUAUUACAUGUAUAUUAUUAAAUUUUGUUAAAUUUAUAUCAUAGUUGAAUUUCAUUAAAUAAAAUUUUGUGUUAAAAGUAAUAAAUUAUAUCAUGGCAAAUAUGAAGGAAUUACCAGAAUUACAAGUUUUUAAAACAGUAUUAUUUCACUGUGUAGUGAUAAUAGCCUUACCUGUAUUGUCAUUUUUUACUAGCAAGAUUUUUAUUUUUGAUGGUUUAUUGGGGCUUAAUCAUGUGCCAAGUAAUGUAUAUUCAGCUGCAGUUGCGAUUCUCGUAUUACACGUGGCUCUAGGAUCUUUUAUAUAUCGUGCAUAUUUCGAUGAUCAAUCAAAGACACAAACGAAACGAGAUUAAUCUUUUUUUUUUUGUUUGAAAUAUGUAUGUAAUUAAAUACACUUUCUGGAUAACAUAUUUAUUCGUGUAUAAUUAUCGGAAAAAAAUGUUACAUUAUAUUGCAUUACAUUCUGCAAUCGCUUACUUCUUUGUUGAUAUUUUGUUUUUUUAUUGAAUACUGUGAAUUGUGCAAAGGGAAGGUUUAUCUGUACUUGUAUUAAUUAAUGGAACAUAAUUACUAAAUAAAAAAAGCAAUGGCAUUCCCACACAAUA